CGAAUUACUUGACAAAAAUGUUCAAUUUAUUCCGAAAGCCACAAUUGAUUGGCACAUUGGCAAACAGCCUAAACGUGACCAAUGUAACGAGCGUUGCCAGAUUUUCAAACGAACUUCCAAAACGUUUGGAAAAAACAAUCAAUAAGGUGACUUUGCUUGGGCGCGUUGGAUCCGAUCCACAAUUGCGGGGAAAUGAAGACCAACCAGUUAUGACAUUCUCAAUGGCAACACACACCAAUUACAAAUGUGAGAACGGUGACUGGGCUCAACGGACCGAUUGGCAUCAAGUUGCAGUAUUCAAUCCGAUUAUCCGGGAAAACAUCAAGAACUACCUAACAAAGGGUCAACGAGUGCUGCUAUUCGGUAGAAUUUCUUAUGGUGAAAUCCGAGAUAAGGACGGAAAUAUACGGACCACCACAAGCAUUGUGGCUGAUGAUGUCACAUUCUUUAAUAAAUAGAUGAUAGACAAAUUAAAACACAUUUCUCAUUGUUUCUGAAGAUAAACGUGCGAUUUAUUUCAAAAUCAGUAAACAAAUACAUUAUAUUUUGUUAGUAAGCCCAGCUGAAAAUGGAAAUAAGAUUAAGUUGAAAUCCGAGUUUUGUUUUGUACUAUAUCGAUUAAAAUAAAAUAUGAAUAAAUAUGAGAAUCAUACGAUUUACUUA